AUGGGGAAUAACCCGAGAAAUGUUGAAAUUGCUUGGGAAGAGCUGAUUGCAGCUGUUCCUGAAGCACAGCCAGAAAUGCCCGCUGAACCAAUCAUUGCUGAGUCGUUUGCAGCUGCUUCUGAAGUAGCGCCAGUAAUGCCCGCUGUGUCAGUCGUUUCUGAGCCGUUUGCAGCUGUUCCUGAAGCAGAGUUAGAAAUGCCCGCUGAGCCAGUCAUUUCUGAGCCAUUUGCAGCUGUUCCUGAAGCUGAGCUAGAAAUGACCGCUGAGUCAGUCAUUUCUGAGCCGUUUGCAGCUGUUCCUGGAGCUGAGCUAGAAAUGACCGCUGAGCCAGUCAUUUCUGAGCCGUUUCCAGGUGUUCCUGAAGCUGAGUUAGAAAUGCCCGCUGAGCCAGUCAUUUCUGAGCCAUUUGCAGCUGUUCCUGAAGCUGAGCUAGAAAUGACCGCUGAGUCAUUAAUUUCUGAGCCGUUUGCAGCUGUUCCUGGAGCUGAGCUAGAAAUGCCCGCUGAGUCAGUCAUUUCUGAGCCGUUUGCAGCUGUUCCUGAAGCUGAGCUAGAAAUGACCGCUGAGCCCGUCAUUUCUGAGCCAUUUGCAGGUGUUCCUGAAGCUGAGCUAGAAAUGACCGCUGAGUCAGUCAUUUCUGAGCCGUUUGCAGCUGUUCCUGAAGCUGAGCUAGAAAUGACCGCUGAGCCCGUCAUUUCUGAGCCAUUUGCAGGUGUUCCUGAAGCUGAGCUAGAAAUGCCCGCUGAGUCAGUCAUUUCUGAGCCGUUUGCAGCUGUUCCUGAAGCUGAGCUAGAAAUGACCGCUGAGCCAGUCAUUUCUGAGCCGUUUGCAGGUGUUCCUGAAGCUGAGCUAGAAAUGACCGCUGAGUCAGUCAUUUCUGAGCCGUUUGCAGCUGUUCCUGAAGCUGAGCUAGAAAUGACCGCUGAGUCAGUCAUUUCUGAGCCGUUUGCAGCUGUUCCUGAAGCUGAGCUAGAAAUGCCCGCUGAGUCAGUCAUUUCUGAGCCGUUUGCAGCUGUUCCUGAAGCUGAGCUAGAAAUGACCGCUGAGUCAGUCAUUUCUGAGCCGUUUGCAGCUGUUCCUGAAGCUGAGCUGGAAAUGACCGCUGAGUCAGUCAUUUCUGAGCCGUUUGCAGCUGUUCCUGAAGCUGAGCUAGAAAUGACCGCUGAGUCAGUCAUUUCUGAGCCUUUUGCAGCUGUUCCUGAAGCUGAGCUAGAAAUGACCGCUGAGUCAGUCAUUUCUGAGCCGAAAGCAGCUGUUCCUGAAGCAGAGCUAGAAAUGCCCGCUGAGUCAGUCAUUUCUGAGCCGUUUGCAGCUGUUCUUGAGGCAGCGCCAGUAAUGCCCACUGAGCCAGUCAUUUCUGAGGCAACACUAAGUGAACAGAAAGCUAGUAAAGCUGAGUCCCGGAGCUCUGGAAAAGGGAAAUUCGGAAAAAGACGUAGGCGCAGGAAAUGA